AUGGUGUCAUGCUUGGCCAUCUUCCUGUGUCUCAUCGCAGAUUCGCGGGCGAGCUUUGAGACUCUGCUCCAAGAUGACGAGUGUGCCGAGGGUGCCGAGGCAUGUUCGCUCGAGGCCCUGCAGCGCAGGGCCAUCCAGCUCGAGGCGUCCCAGGAGGAGCCAGCUUGGGAGGAGUCCGUGUUGGCGGCCUGGGCCCAUGAGCCAGGCUGCCAAGGUGUCUUGCGCGGCCAAUGUGGCGCCGCUGCUGUGGUCGUUGAAGUUGAGCCGGAAAGUGGCGGCCUGACGUCGAAAGUCUACACUGCUGGUGCAGGAGGUGGGCGUGCACCGUUCGAUGAAACCAAGAUGACAUCCAUCUUCCCUGUCGCGAGCAACUCCAAGAUUUUGACGUCCAUCCUCUUAGUGGUGGCCUUGGCGGACCAUGGCAAGGUGUCAAUGGGCGAGACGGUAAGCGAUUUCCUGGGCCAGAAGUGUAGCGACCUGCCCGAAGCUGUAGCCAAGAUCACGCUCGUUCAAUUGUCAUCACAUACUUCUGGCCUGCCGGCACAGCCCACCAAUAGACACAUGGAGCCUUGCCAGAGGGAUCCUGUGAAUUGCAACCCCUAUACGAAGUACACGGAGCAGGACCUUUGCGAGACGCUGCGUGAGGUGACUCUCGGCCCGAAGGGGCACUACCUCUAUUCUAACUUGGCCUUCGGCAUGCUGGGCUACUUUUUGGAGUUGCGAAUGGGGCUGCCUUACGAGCAGCUGGCUCAGACAUGGGUGCUGCAUCCCCUGAACAUGACGAGCGCGCGGGUCACCCUGAACGAAAGCCAGUGGCAUGAGAUGACGCCACCGGGCAAGGACGCAUCUGGUGAAGGCCGGUGGAGGCGCCAUCCUUAUGGAAUCUUGCAAGGUAAUGGUGCCUUCCUGGUGAGCGUGCCCGACAUGGGCCGCCUCUUAGGCGCGAUGAUCAAGGCUGAACGGGGCCAAGAGACUCCCUUGGCUGCGACUUUGCGUCAGACCUUGCAGCCCUUGGCAUGGAGUGGCUACUGCGCAUGUGAUGCCUGCGAGGAGGAGGAGUUGUUGAAGCUCUCCAUCCCCACGGCCGAGCGGGGCCUGGUGGCCAUGGGCUGGGAAUCCUCGAGCUCAGGUCUGCGAAGGGGCUGGCACAAGUCGGGAGAUAUCGCGGGCUACUCCUCCUGGAUGGCCUUCAAUGCGGCCCUGGGCCGUGGGGCCUUUGGCGUGGACACCUGUGGUGGCUGUGGUGCUAAGCUGGGCUCCCUUCGCGGCUCGGCCGUGCAGCGGAUGGUGCGCCUCCUGGCCGAUGGGCCGCCGGAGAAGGUGGUGCCAUUGCCCCAGGUCGCCUUGCCGGAGUUGGGAGCACUGGUGGGAGAUUUCAAGGCAUGUCCGGCAGCCCCUGGCAAGCUGCAGAGCACGAGCUUGGCGACCCUCUCUCUCACCUUACGGGGCACGCAGCUCCUGGCGAGCACCACAUCCUUCACAGGUGAAGAAGGCCCUAUGGUGACAGCCACGCCUGUAAGUUCUGCCGAGGCCGAUGGAUUACAGGCCUUCUCUGGGGUGGUGCUCGCGCUGUCAGGGCCGGUGGGCACCAUCCACGGAGGUCCAAACGAACAUGGACCCUUGGCUGAGGUGUCUCAGCGGCGCACUAUCCACUUCCUCGAAGAGCCAUUUGCUCCAAACAAGCGAGGGGCAGCAGUCCUUCACAUCGCUGGAGUGGACAUUUUUUUCGUAGAAGACGCUUCUCAGUGUCCAUAA